GUCACGUCGGCGUCGGCCACGUUCAGCGGAGACGGGAGCAAGAUGGCGAUUCCGGGCAGGCAGUAUGGGCUUAUUUUGCCAAAGAAAGCACAGCAGUUGCACCCUGUUUUGCAAAAACCAUCAGUGUUUGGAAAUGAUUCUGAUGAUGAUGAUGAUGAGACCUCCGUGAGUGAAAGCCUUCAAAGGGAAGCUGCUAAGAAGCAAGCAAUGAAACAGACCAAACUAGAAAUCCAGAAGGCCCUUGCAGAAGAUUCCACUGUAUAUGAAUAUGACAGUAUUUAUGAUGAAAUGCAGAAAAAAAGAGAGGAAAAUAAUCCCAAAUUGCUUUUGGGAAAAGACCGAAAGCCCAAGUAUAUUCACAACUUACUAAAAGCAGUUGAGAUCAGAAAAAAGGAACAAGAAAAGAGAAUGGAAAAGAAAAUACAAAGAGAACGAGAAAUGGAGAAGGGAGAGUUUGAUGAUAAGGAGGCAUUUGUGACAUCUGCUUAUAAGAAAAAACUGCAAGAGAGAGCUGAAGAGGAAGAAAGAGAGAAAAGGGCUGCUGCACUAGAAGCACGUUUGGAUGUAACCAAGCAGAAAGAUCUCAGUGGAUUUUAUAGACACCUAUUAAAUCAAGCAGUUGGUGAAGAGGAAGUACCUACAUGCAGCUUUCGUGAAGCCAGGUCUGAGAUAAAGGAAGAGAAAUCAAGGGGCUAUUCUGAUGAAUUAAGUUCAGAGAACAGAAUAAUACCACGUGAGAAAUGCAGUCUCCAAACUGUUGUGCAAGUAGGGGAAAACCCAGAUGCAGACAGUGACUUUGAUGCUAAUAGUGAGGAUGAUGAAAUGGAAGAAAAUAAUAAAGUGAACUGCAGAAGGAAAAAAAUCACAGAGACUUCUGAGAGUGACUCCAAGCAUCAGAGGCACUCCCCAUCUUCUAGUGAAGAAAGAGAGCAUGGUAUCAAAUGCCAUACAAAAAGGUCCAAGUCAAGAGUUCAUGAGAAAAGGGAAGAUCAGCACCAAGAGAGACAAUUCAGGGAUCAUGAGAACUAUUACACUGACCGUGAUUACCGAAAAGAAAAGAAGGAUUCCCAUAGGCACAGAGAGGCUGGUCAUAGAGAUUCCCACUGGAAGAGGCAUGAACACGAAGAUAAACUGAGGGGAAGAGACCAAAGAGAAAGAAAAGACAGAGAUUGGAAAAGGGAGAAAUACUCCCUAAGAGAACAAGAAAGAGAUAGACAACGAAAUGAACAUGACCGACACAGUGAGAAAGGAGAAGAGAAGGAAGAGAAAAGCAAAGAAAAGGAAGAGCAUAUGAAAGCAAGGAAAGAAAGACAUGAAAACAGUGAUAAGUACAGAGAUCGAGAACAACAAGAAAUAAGUGUUCAAUCUUCAGGAAGAAACCGAGACAAAAAAGAAAGCAGCCCAAAUUCUAGGGCAAAGGAUAGGUUUUUUGACUGGGAAAGAUCCAAUAAAAUGAGAAAUACGGAAAAGGACAAAGAAAGAAACUCAGAGAAACCCUCCAGUUCUGAAACAUCACUGGGAGCAAAACACAGACUCACAGAGGAAUGUCAAGAGAUGGGCAAAGAACAAGAGAAACCACAUGAGGUGGGGAACAAGUUUGCAAAGCGAAGCAAUGAAGAAACUGUAAUGUCAGCUAGAGACAGAUACCUGGCCAGACAAAUGGCACGGGUUAAUGCAAAGACAUAUAUUGAAAAAGAAGAUGAUUGAUAACUACCCAAGUAGACCUGUGAAAGCACAGAAGAUUAUAACUCCUGGAACAUGCUGUGUGAAGGUAUAAAGGAGUGUGUUAACAGUGGUUGAGAGGGUAUUUUUUAAUAUAUUUUCAAAAUUUAUUUUUGGUUUAAGUAAAUAAUAAGUCCUUUUAUCUUGAAUAUUUGAGUGAAUUGAUACAUAUUUAUUUAAUUAUCAAUACCACAUUCUUGGUUGUAUUCAAACAACUUCAAGAGUGUUAAAUCCCUGUAGUUACUUAAUGAGGAAAAUGGGCUCCAAUAUAACCAUUAAAAAAUAAUUCAAACAACUCUCCUAAUAAUGUUGGUUUUGUUGCAAGAGGUAUUACUUUUAUAAAUACUGUAUUCUGAAUAAAAAUAUGUGGAUUUGAACAAUAAAGUAGAGACUGUUGCUGUACUUUGUGUUCUGAAAUUUGUGUUAAUGUAUAAAAUAGGGAUCAUACAUCUUGUCGAGUAACUUCCUAGCUCACAGCAUAUUUGGCUUAAAUGCAAAUAAAAAUAGUGAUGUGUUUGUACAUUUAA